AUGCCAGGAAGUUUUGCUGCCGCGAUUUUGUUUCCCGAGAGCGAAAGUGCGAUCGUCGUCCUCACUAAUACAACACCUUUAUGCGAUUGGACCGAUUGGACGACGCAAUUGUUGACUCAGACUCUGUUUGACUUUCCUGAGAAAGUUGACAGUGUCUCUUGGAUGAAGCGGACUGCGGAGGCAGAGCUGGGAUGGCACGCCCGUAUCGCGGCGGACAUACGGAAUGAAAAAGGCUUUGAGCCUCCGUCACAGAAGUUAGAAACGAUUGCCCAACAUGGAGACAAGCUCGUACUGCUUUUCGGGGGUCGUCAAGACGAAUUAUUUCCUAUGGAACAUGUUAGCGGGGACACUUUCUCCUGGCUCCAAAGUCGAAACGAAUUGGUAAGCCGAGGGAGGGUUGUCCUGCAACCAGCCACGUAUUACAUGAUUCGAUUCGGAAACGACGAGUCGGAGGGUAUACACCGGUUCUUUUGGACUCAUGACACAGAAAUACCAAGGGGAGAAGAGUAUAUCAAAGUGGCGGAAAAGCAGCAAGUUCAAAAUCUCAUCCACGAAGAACUUUAA